GCUUUUCCUCGUUAGCAGGGACGGCUGCCUGGGCUCGCAACGGAGGUCAGGCGUCUUCGUCUCCCAAUUACGAGGGGCCCUUGCACUCCCUGCAGAGCCGCAUCGAGGACCGCCUGGAGCGCCUGGAUGACGCCAUCCACGUCCUUCGGAACCACGCUGUCGGCCCGGCCACCGCCAUGGCCACCGGCGGCCAUGGGGACAUGGCCGCCAUCAUCGGGGCCACCCACAACGGGGCCAUGGCCACCCUGGCCGGUGGCUACGGGAGCGGGCUGCUGGGCCAGAGACAUUCCUUGAUGGUGGGCGCCCAUCGAGAGGACGGCGUUGGACUCCGCGGCAGCCACUCCUUGGUGCCCAACCAGGUGCCGGUGCCGACGCUCCCGGUGCCGUCGGCGACGUCCCCGGAGCUCAACCCCAGCCAGGAUCCCUACAGGGGGAUCCCAGGGGCUCUGCAGGGGCAGAGCGUGUCCUCGGGCAGCUCGGAGAUCAAAUCCGACGACGAGGCCGACGAGAACCUGCAGGAGCCGAAGGCGGCCGAGGAGAAGAAGCUGGAAGAGGAGAAGAAGGAGAUCAAAUCCAUAACUAGGUCAAGAUCUAGCAAUAACGACGACGAGGACCUGACCCCGGAGCAGAAAGCGGAACGGGAGAAGGAACGAAGGAUGGCCAACAACGCCCGAGAGCGCCUGCGCGUGAGGGACAUCAACGAGGCCUUCAAGGAGCUGGGCAGGAUGGUCCAGCUCCACCUCAAGAGUGACAAACCCCAGACCAAGCUGCUGAUCCUGCACCAGGCCGUGGCCGUCAUCCUCAGCCUGGAGCAGCAGGUCCGAGAGCGGAACCUGAACCCCAAGGCGGCGUGCCUGAAGCGGCGCGAGGAGGAGAAGGUGACGGCCGAGCCGCCGCCGCUGUCCCUGGCCGCCGCCCACCCGGCCAUGGGGGACGGCGCCGGCCACAUGGGGCAGAUGUGAGCAGGUCUGGAAAUCCCCGUUCCUCUUUCUCGUUUCUUUCCUUGGAUCCUGUAAAAAAAAAAAAAAAAAACCCAAAUUUUUUUUUUGUUUUUUUUUUGG